GUCUUUAUAGCGAAUUCGGCUUGGCCAUACCGUUGACGUAGCUGCCGACAGCCGUCUGCGAAUCGAUGCCAGAUCAUCAGAUCACAAUGAGGGGUUUACAAGCUAGCGAUUAAUCAUUGCGCCGCUAUUCCCGGAUGCAUAACUCUGUGUACCGUAGUAGUCCGGAGCAAAGCGCGUAUAUAUAAACGCAGCGCGACCUUGUCGGGUAGCAGAGUAAGCUAGGACUACUCACAAAAAGAAACCACAAUUUGCACCAUGGCUCCCGCUCUUGUUGAAGUGCCGCUCCCCGAGGCUACCAACUACGCCAAGUCUGGAACUGGCGCAUACAAGGAUGCGUUUGCAGCUGGGCCGAAACACUUCAAGGCAGAUGCUGAAUUGAAGGGAACCGAGAAACACCCUCCGGCCAAAUACCCCAAUUACUUGCCGACGUGGACCGACAAGAAGUACCCCCCUCUUGAGCCUUUCGAGCAUUACGAGCAUGGCAAGGAUGCAGACUCGAGCUUCUCAAACCUUCUCAAAGAUGCUACCAAGGUGGACGAUCUCACAGCGAACAUUGGCGCUGAAGUUCACGGCGUGCAAUUAAGCAAGCUCACAGACGCCGGCAAGGAUGAGCUAGCACUGUUUGUGGCUCAGAAGAAGGUCGUGGCUUUUCGUGAUCAGGACUUCGCAGACCUUCCCAUCAGUGACGCUCUGAAGAUUGGAGGUUAUUUCGGACGUCACCACAUCCACCCGACCUCUGGUGGUCCGGAGGGUCAUCCCGAAGUACACUUGGUUCACCGUAGUGCGGACGACACCACCUCCCGGGACUUCUUUGAAGAGCGCACGAACUCAGUUACAUGGCACUCCGACGUCACGUACGAGAAGCAGCCGCCGGGAACCACCUUCCUCUAUCUCUUGGACGGACCGGCCGCAGGUGGAGACACACUUUUUGCCAAUCAGGCGUUGGCAUACCGUCGGCUUUCGCCCGAGUUCCAAAAGAGGCUCCAUGGCUUGAAGGUCGUUCACUCCGCUGUUGAGCAGGCUGAUAACAGCAGAAACCGCGGAGGCAUCGUUCGCCGAGAGCCUGUCACAUCCAUCCACCCUCUCGUGCGCACACACCCCACGACCGGCGAGAAGGCGCUCUUCAUCAACCCGCAAUUCUCCCGCCGCAUCGUCGGAUACAAGAAGGAGGAGAGUGACUAUCUCCUAAACUUCCUGUACGACCAUCUCGCGAAGGGCCAGGACUUUCAGGCUCGUGUAAAGUGGGCUCCAGGCACAGUCGUGGUAUGGGACAACCGAGUCACAGCACAUUCUGCUCUUCUGGACUGGGAAGAUGGAGCGCGGAGGCAUCUUGCUCGGAUUACCCCGCAGGCUGAGGCUCCUUACGAGACUCCUUUCGAGGGCUAGAGUAAUCUAGAAUGUAAUGAACGC